UACAAACAAGCCCACUUUAUUGAUUACGUUUAGACCGUCCACGUUUCGAUCACGCAUCUCGAUGCAGAGCAGUCCUCACCACGUGAUAGCGCUCAACACUGGUCCCCUACGCUACGCACCCAAAUGCAAUGUAUUACUAAAUAAUCUGUCAUCUUCCUCCCCGAAUUCUCACUCUUCGCAAACCUUCCACAAUGGCCGCCGGCUGGGUCUUACACGCCGUCCUGUUCCGUCUUCUCCACUUAGUCCUUUUCUCUUCGGUCACCGCCUUCUCUAUCGGCGUAAACUACGGCGCCAACGCCGAUAAUCUCCCACCUCCGGCCCAGGUGGCAACCUACCUUAAGCAGAAUACCUACAUCGACCGCGUCAAGUUAUUCGACGCCAACCCCGAUAUGAUCCGCGCCUUUGCGGGCACCGGCAUCGCGCUUAUGAUCACCGUUCCCAACACAGAUAUCCCAGCCAUCGCCUCCCGUUCCUCCUCUGCAGCCUCUGCUUGGGUGGCCGCCCAUGUCGCCCCCUUCUAUCCCGCCACCAACAUCUCCCUGGUCGCCGUUGGCAACGAAGUCAUGGCCACCUCCGAUCGCAACCUUAUAGCUCACCUCGUCCCCGCGAUGCGCUCCCUCUACGCGGCCCUCGCUGCCGCCGGAUUCCACCAGAUCCGAGUCUCUACGCCUCACUCCCUCGGCAUCCUCUCUGCUUCGGAGCCGCCCUCCGUCGGCCGCUUCCGCCGGGGCUACGACCGCGCUAUCUUCGCGCCGAUGCUAGAAUUCCACCGCCGGACGCGCACCCCGUUCUUGGUGAACCCUUACCCCUACUUUGGCUACACGGCACGUACCCUCAAUUAUGCUCUAUUCCGGCCCAACCCGGGAGUGUUCGACCCCGCCACGAGGAUCAACUACACGAACAUGUUCGUCGCGCAGCUGGACGCGGUGCACGCGGCGAUGCAGCGGCUGGGCUACGGCGACGUGGAAAUCGCCGUCGGGGAAACAGGGUGGCCGUCGGCAGGGGACGCCGGGCAGAUCGGAGUGAGCGCCGAGGACGCCGCCUCCUUCAACGGAAACCUGAUACGACUGGUUAACUCAGGCAAGGGAACGCCGAUGAUGCCCGGCCGGAGGUUUGAGACAUACGUGUUCUCGCUUUUCAACGAGAACCAAAAGCCUGGGCCGACGGCGGAGCGAUAUUUCGGCGUCUUCAACGCCGAUCUGACCCCGGCCUACGACGUCGGCCUCUUGCGCGGCGGCGGCGGCGGCAAGGCGCCAGCUCCAGGGAGUGGUGUCAGGCGAUGGUGCGUCGCGAGUGCGGGCGCGGAUGGAGCGGCGCUGCAAGCCAACAUUAAUUACGCCUGCGGCAGCGGCGGGGCGGACUGCGGGCCCAUACAGGAGGGCGGCGCGUGCUUCGACCCCAACACGUUACUGGCCCACGCCUCCUACUCCAUGAACGCCUACUACCAGGCCGCCGGCCGCCACGACUUCAACUGCGACUUCGGUCACACCGGCGUCAUCACCUCGUCUGAUCCCAGUCAUGGGAGCUGCAAAUAUCCAUCGUGAAUUGCAACACCUGGAAAUCCUUCCCGUCAAUUUGGCGAUCGGAUUUAUCCGGAGACGAGCUGUGAUAAUGGGCAUAAUUAUCUUUUGCUACAAAUAAUUGUGACAUCUGCACACCAUGAGCGUGUUACUAACUGGAUUAGUGCUGUCCACCAUUUCAAGUGGCGUUUAAUUAUGCAGCUUCAAUGCGGUUUCCAGGGAUGUUAAUGUGUUUGAUAUCAUUUAUCGAAUUAUGUUCCAUUAGGGACGGAUAUGACACGAUCCGAUAAUUGUAAUUCUAACUCGAUGCCUAACAAUGUCGUAUAUUAUGUACA